UCUACUCAAAAUUAGGCGAUUCCAGUUUUUCAUUUUUUUACACAUAGCCCGAUUCUUAUCUAAGAACCCCCAUUGAGGAGUUGUCAGAUAAGAAUCACAUGAUUCUUUGCCAGGUAUAGAAGGGGGUAAUUCUUGUGUGAAGUCUGAAAAUCGGGCUCCUCCAUCCAUCGUUAGUCCUGGAAACUGCGCAGGAAGGUAUUCGGUGGAGCUUAACGCUGCGGCUUUCAACACUUAACGAAGGGUCUACAUCAUUUGGUCUACGGCAGUUGGUGUAGAAUUUUAGACUCCAUAGUUUCUGCCAUGUUGUUCAUAUUGCCCUUGUCUACUAUCUGAAAUAGCCAAGAGUUGAUGAGAACCAUCCAACAUGGUUGCAUAUGAGAAUAAGGGAGUUUGAUCUGGGAAUGGAGGCCAGUAAAGCUAGCAGGCAUCCUUCCAAUGCUUGUGACCAUGCAGUGGAUGGAAGAUGGACUCUCGGCUUUUCGUAUGCCAAGUCAUGUGAGGCUGCUCAAUCAUUGCUACUGGAAGAAAUUUGCAAGCAUAAAUCUUUGGGAGCUUGACAGAUGAUCACAAGAAUUGAAGUUUUCCACCAUCAGACUUCUCUGCUCUCCUGGCUUAGUUAUUACAGAAUUCAAAUCCAGCAUUAGGGUUCGUUCUUUUUUGACAUCAUAAGCUACCGUUGUGAAUCGGGUCAUAUAGGUGGUUUUGGAUUCAAUGAACUCAUGUUCUUGCAUCCGGACAUUAAAAUCUACGGCUUUCAAGUUUAAGAGCAAUUGGGUGCAGAUUUUGUAGCGAUGUCUCAACCUGGCAGUAAUGCUGUUGGAGUUGACAAUGCGUAUCGAAGGAAAUUUAACCGAGAAGAAUAUGCAGAACGAGCUCGUGAACGGGAGGAGAAGGACGAGGAGGGACGGUUUAAAUCCAAAUCAAAAGGUCCUCCGGUGCAAAGGAAGGCCUUGAAGCACAGGGAUUAUGAAGUAGACCUAAUUUCUCGCCUGGGAAAAACCCAGGUUGUUACUCCAAUAGCUCCUUUAAGUCAGCAGGCUGGAUACUAUUGUGCGGUUUGUGAAUGUGUAGUUAAGGAUUCUGCAAACUACUUGGACCACAUUAAUGGAAAGAAGCAUCAAAGGGCUUUGGGUAUGUCGAUGCGGGUAGAGCGAGCAUCUCUUGAACAGGUCCAAAGUCGAUUUGAAAUUCUCAAGAAGCGCAAAGUUGCCGGCAGCUUUACUGAGCAAGAUCUAGAUGAAAGGAUCCUGAAACAGCAGCAAGAAGAAGAGGAAAGGAAGCGCCAGCGACGAGAAAGGAAGAAAGAGAAGAAGAAAGAGAAGGCAGCAGAGGAAGAAACUGAGGAACGAGAUCCUGAUGUUGCUACUAUGAUGGGAUUUGGAGGUUUUGGUUCGUCCAAAAAAUAAUGUAAUCCAGGGACAACCUUCUUAACCAAAAAAUUAAUGGUGCUGCUGCAUUCUGUUCCAUAACUUAGCUGUUGAGAGUGACCAAGAAGUGUCAAGGAACAGUUGUAUCCAGUUGUGAGCACUCAUAAAUGUGGAGGUGUGUCUCCCCCCUACCCCCUCUUUUCCACCCCUAAUCUUUUAUAUUGUAUGAGUAAUUGUCGGAAAUUGGGUUUAUUGAUUGAUUAUGUCUUUUAUGGCUGGGGACAUUGGGGUUGA